GGGGAUUGUGGAAGCUUUGAAUUGCAAAUUAUGGGCCCAUUCAGAUAAACGCAAAGUCUUGGAAUGCAUUGAUAAUCCAAUCAUCAAUGAGAGAUUAACAAAUAAACAGUGGGAAGCCUGCGUCCAUGUGUGCCGCAUGUGUGAUAUAAAUAUGAGUUUCCUCACAAGGUAUUUAGAACAGCAUCAUGGAGUAUUCACUGAUAUUGUGGCAUUCAUUCCUACUGGUUGGGAGAUGAGUCGGAGGAAUAAGAAUGCUGGCAAUGUCAGAAGAACUCAGUAUGGAAAAGUAACCAUCUAUGGUGUACCAUAUAGUGAACAUUCAAGUUUCACAGAGUUGAAGAGGUUUGUACAGUUUUUGAAGCCAGCUGAAGUUAUACCAACAGUGAAUGUGGAACGUUCUGCAAAUGCCGUGACAAAAUAUUUCAGGCAGUGGUUGUCUGAAUCUCCAAUAACAUCACUGAAGCAAAGGAAUGAGCGAGACCAGUUUGUUCAGCAGAAAAUGUCUCGAUAUUUUCAAUCUCAAAUGAUACCAACAGGUGAAGACUUGUGACAAGAAGAUGUGCUCUUGUUUUAUAAGUAUAUCCUGGAAAUUGGCCCUUUUUUAUACAUAUUACCUGAUUGGUGAUUUAAAUUAAAGUUAAUUUACACAAAUAUAAGGAAACCCUUUAUGUUUAGAUGUCUCAAAAAUAUAUAAAAUUACAUGUCUUUCUUCUUCUGGUUUUGUUUCCUUCCUUUUCUGUGAAUAAGAAGUUUCUGGUCUGUUCUAUCUUCCCAUCGUCUUUCCUUUUCAAAUUCUUGCCAGCUUGUUCCUCUUUUCUAGUACCUGGUUGUAUCACAUUCCUCUGGGUCAUCUCAUAGAUCUCUUUCCUUAAAAUUUUAAUUGUAAAGCAAACCUUGAUGUCCUUGUUCUGUGCUUUCUUUCUUUUUUUAUGGUAAAACCAUUUUAGUCUUAUUCUGUAAAUAAAUUUUUGAUUAUCAUAAAAUAUUCUUACAUCCCUUCUCAGUUUAAUCUCUAACUCUGUAAUGUAAACCAAAAAAUUAAAAGCUAAUUUAACUGUUACACAACUGAUUGAGUAGGACUUGAGGCUCUCACAGUGGUAUGAAGAUUCCUCUCUUCCAGAUUGUAACACCAUGUAGAAGUUUUCAAAUGUUUCAGAGGUCCUUGCUGCCUCCAUCAUCAGGGCAGUGAGUUGGUGAGUUUAAACUGAAUUUCUAUUCAUUUAAACAUAAUAUGUGAUAAUGGCUUUUUAUUGCAUUUUUGCAAGAUGGAACUAGGACAUAAAACAAGACUAUAAAGUAGUAAGAAAAAUUAAUAUAAUUGUAUGACCAUACUGCAUAAAUAAGAGGCACAUUUAGCAGAAGGAAGUGAAGUUCUUCACUAAACUGCAUAGGUAUUAUUAAAAUCAGCUGUUUAUUUUUAAUGAUCAAACGUAACAUAUACAUGCAACUGUACAUUGUUAAAUCUUAUUACUAUGAGAUGAAGUUUGAAUUGUCCCAGAGAUGUUGAAUUUCAGAGCCUAAUUGUGGAGUAUAUUAUACAGUACAUAAGGUGAAUAUAAAAAUGUUUGUAAUUUAAA